AAAUAAACUAUUAUGUAUAAUGACAAAAGCUUGCUAAGUGCCAAGUUCAUCUAAUUAGAAAGAUACCAUGUACAGCCGUCAAGCCAACAAAGUAUUCCUUCACUUGAAUAUUAUAUUAAUCCAGUCCGCCAACAAAGUAUUCCUUCACUUGAUUAUUAUAUUAAUCCAGUCCUCCUGCACUCCCAAUCAAUUGCCGUUCCCAAACACUGCACCCAGUGCACAGCAAUGGCAUCCGAUUCCCAUUCCAGCUACCUGUACUCCCUCUGGUCUGAAUUCCACGAACCAAGUACUGACCAAACUUUGCUGAUCUUCAUCUCCGCCAUUUUCCUCGUCCUUCUGUACCUCUGGCUGGUUAAAAAAUCCAACAACCCGAACCCGCCGCUGCCACCCGGCCCACGCGCCCUGCCCUUGCUCGGGAACCUCCUCUCCCUCGACCCAGAACUCCACUCCUACUUCGCGGGCCUGGCCCAAUCAUACGGCCCCAUCUUCAAGCUCCGCCUCGGCAACACCGUCGGCGUUGUAGUCACCUCCCCUUCCUCAGCUCGCGAGAUUCUCAAGGACCAUGACAUCACCUUCGCCAACCGCGACGUCCCCUCCGCGGGUCGGGCCGCGUCGUACGGGGGAUCCGACAUCGUGUGGACCCCGUACGGACCGGAGUGGCGGAUGCUGAGGAAAGUUUGCGUGCUGAAAAUGCUCAGCAACACCACUCUUGACUCGGUGUACGAGCUCCGGCGGAAACAGCUCCGACGGACCGUCCGGUACUUCUACGAUCGGAUCGGAUCGCCGGUCAACGUGGGGGAGCAGAUAUUCCUGAACGUGAUGCAUGUUAUUACGAACAUGCUGUGGGGUGGGACCGUGCAGGGAGACGAGAGGGCGGGGCUCGGGGCAGAGUUUCGGGAAGUGGUGUCGGAGAUGACGGAGCUUUUGGGGAAGCCGAAUGUUUCGGACUUUUAUCCGGGUUUGGCCAGGUUUGAUUUGCAAGGGGUGGUGAGGAAGAUGAGCUGGUUGGCUCGGAGGUUUGAUGGGAUAUUUGAGAAGAUAAUAGAUCAACGGCUGAGAAUUGACAAGGAAGGGGAGGAGGGGAAUAAGGAUUUUUUGACGUUUUUGUUGAAGUUGAAGGAGGAAGGAGGAGAUUCCAAGACGCCUUUCACCAUGACUCAUCUCAAGGCCUUGCUCAUGGAUAUGGUGGUGGGUGGGACUGACACUUCCUCCAACACAAUUGAGUUUGCAAUGGCUGAAAUCAUGAGCAAACCUGAGAUGAUGGAAAAAGCCCAGCAAGAGUUAGAAGACGUAGUUGGCAAACACAACAUUGUAGAAGAAUCCCACAUCGACAAAUUGCCAUACUUACAAGCUGUGAUGAAAGAAACUCUGCGCUUGCACCCAGCCUUGCCUCUGUUAGUCCCUCAUUGCCCAAGUGAAACAUGCAUUGUGGGAGAGUACACCAUUCCAAAAAGAUCUCGGAUUUUCAUCAAUGUUUGGGCCAUACACAGAGACCCUUUGAUUUGGGAAAACCCGUUGGAGUUCAAUCCAGAGCGGUUCUUGGAUAGCAAAUGGGACUAUAGUGGGAAAGACUUCAACUAUUUUCCAUUUGGGUCAGGCAGAAGAAUAUGUGCUGGAAUUGCAAUGGCUGAGAGGAUGGUGAUGCAUUUACUUGCUACACUUUUGCAUUCUUUUGAUUGGAAAUUGCCAAAGGGAGAGAAGUUGGAUCUUUCUGAGAAGUUUGGGAUUGUGUUAAAGAAGAAAAUACCUUUGAUUGCCAUUCCAACUCCAAGGUUAUUAGAUCCAGCACUCUACGAGUAGAACAGUGCUGCUAUCAAAUUCCUUGGAAUACUUCACUUGUAAUAAUUAAUACCAACUUAAGCCCAAAAAUAUUUCUCAAAAACUGCAUGUUUACGAUAA